GCUCCUGUAUUUUCACCUCAGGAACGCUCAUCAUCCGGGAUCGUUUUGCACUGGAAGCAAAUACAACUCAACCGAAUACUUUAUUCUUCAUUUGUUUAUUUGGACGUUAUACCGAACUAUUGCCAGGAUGGAAUACUGAAAUGCCUCAGAAAUGCUUAUGGUCUGGUCAUGGCGCAUCUAACUGUCAUUUUCCAUCUUCUAUGAUGAUUUGACACAUGUGCAACAGGCUACCGCCAUAUAUUCAUACGUUUUUAUGGAGACGAUGUGGCAUCAAAAGGGAGGAUGUGUCCUAGUGCUCUCCCUUUUUCGCUAAUAGUUACAAUAUAACAUUAUGUUUUUAUUUAUUUAUUUAUUUUUUACAGGCAGGCAAUAAUUUUCACGAUCUGCUGAUUGUUAGGCUACAAACAUGACACUCUGAACGGUUAACUGGAAACACUUUAGUUAGUGAUUUAUUUAUUUUUUUUAAUUUUAUUGUAGCUAUUUAUUAUUAUUAUUAUUAGUGCGUGCCAGAGUAUAAGGGACUUUAAAAUGGCAACUCUUUUAACGGGGAGGAAAAGAAUUUCCAACCGAGAAAAACUAUCAGCGGAGGAUGAUGCUCUUAGCCAAAUAGCCCGAGAGGCGGAGACAAGACUGGCAGCUAAACGGGCAGCACGGGCAGAAGCUCGAGAAAUCCGUAUGAAGGAACUAGAGAGGCAACAGAAAGAGAUAUACCAGGCACAGAAGAAAUACUAUGGGCUGGACAGCAAAUGGGGCCAUAUUGAACAGUGGAUGGAGGACAGUGAGCGGUAUUCCCGCCACUCUCGGAGACACACAUCGAUAUCAGAUGAUGAUGAGCGGAUGUCUGUUGGUAGCCGGGGCAGUUUGAGGGGCAACCACACAGAUCUCUGCAGCAGUACCAGUAGUCUAUCUUCAGCCAGACUACAAAAUGGACGGCCCUCUGCGCUUUUUAUUGAAACCGCCUGCUCAAGAAGUCACAGGGGCUCACUGCAUGAAGAGAAUUCAUACUCUGCCAGUAGGCGUUUCAGUGGCUCCAGCACUAGAGUCCCUUCAGACUACAAUGUUUUUCUGGGCUCUGGUUCCAGGGCCUCUUCUAGGGCAAGUUCAGCUCGUGCCAGUCCAGUGGUGGAGGAAAGGUCAGACUUCCUGGAAAAGGGUUCCAGGACAGCCUCCACCCUCUCUGCUGCAACUCUUGCAUCUCUGGGUGGAGGGUCAUCACGGAGAGGAAGCUGUGAUACCUCGAUUUCAGCUGACACUGAGGCCUCCAUACGGGAAAUUAAAGACUCCCUGGUGGAGGUGGAAGAGAAGUACCGUAAGGCUAUGGUGUCCAACGCUCAGCUAGACAAUGAGAAGACAAAUCUCAUGUAUCAGGUGGACACACUGAGAGAGACACUAAUGGAGCUGGAGGAAAUUCUGUGUGAGACACGGAGAGAGUGUGAGGAAAAAACCAGGGAGUUCGAGCGAGAAAGGCAUGCUCACAGUCUCCUGAAGUUCCAGAUUGAAGAAAUGAAGGAAAUGCUGAAGCAGAGUGAAGAGUUGUUAGCGCAAGCCCAACAGUCGCGUGGGAAGCAGGAGGACUAUAUUAAAGAGAUCUCUGACCUACAAGAAACAUUGGAAUGGAAAGAUAAAAACAUUCGGGCAUUAGAGAGGCAGAAGGAGUAUUCAGACAUUAUCCAUGAUGAAGAGGAUGCACUCAGGGAUGAAGUUUCCCAGCUUAGGGAUGCUUUAAAGAAACAUGGCAUAGUGCUGGGAUCUGAGGUGACAGCCAAUGGAGAGAUAGCAGACGGGGUAAUUGAUGGGCAUACUGAUGUGGAAAUAGUCUCCCGAUUGAAUCAAGAUGCUCGCACUCCCACCAUGAGUGGAGACAGCUUGUUAGAGAUCAGAUUGAGAAAGCUGGUAGAAGAGAGAGAGAGUUUGCUUGAGCAGGUGCGGAAGCUUAAAGCAGUAGAACAGAAGCAGAAGUGUGGGACUGAAGAGACGGAAAGCAUGGAUGAGGAUGACCUACAGAACGGUCUGGACCCUCAUAUCCUAGAUCUGCAGAGAGAUGCUAACAGGCAGAUCAGUGACCUCAAAUUUAAACUGGUCAGGUCUGAGCAAGAAGUCACAGCACUUGAACAAAACAUAAUUCGGCUGGAGGGUCAGGUGACCCGCUAUAAGACAGCCACUGAGGCUGCGGAAAAAGUGGAAGACGAACUAAAAGUAGAGAAACGCAAGUUACAGAGAGAGCUGAGAUCCGCAACUGACCGUGUUGAUGAGCUGGAAGCAACCAACAGCCACCUUACAAAGAGACUGGAGAAGAUGAAGGCCAAUCGUAGUGCCCUAUUGGCACAGCAGUGACACCCGCCUGUAACUGCUCUGCUACAUGGGCAUGUUUCUUAUUGCCCUUUGGCACCUGCCAGCUGUAUAAAAGUAAAACCUUCACCAAUACGUACAGUUCUAAUCAAGUAAUUCCAAUCAUUCUCAUGCCAAUUCAGACUUUGUGAUGCUCUAACUUCAAAAAAGUAAAUAUGGCUGGCAGGCAUGAAAAUCAAGCUUGCUUGUAGAUUCCAAGCAGAGGACACAAAUGCUCAAAAAAGUGACCAUUGGAUUGGAUUAGCAGAAUCUAGGGGCUCAAUGAGCUCAAAUCAAUGUUCACUCGACUGGACUGGAUUAUGGAUCUUGAUCGCAAUACCAACAAAGCACAGGCAGAGCACAACUACAGUAUGGCAUCAAGUUGGUUUACUGAACCAGUUGUGAGGAACCUUCACUUAUCUUGGUGGAUCAUGCACUUUAUCCCUGCAUCAGUAUUUUCUGGAAGACUUGGAAAAUGUAACACAUGGAUAUCUGGAUAUCUGAUAUCUUUGUUUUUCCAUAGGGAUUUGUUUAGUCCAGAGAUUGUAUGAUUGAAUGUAUGCCAUCACAUGCAGAGACAGUUGUGCUUUUCCUUGAUAAUUUUGAGCAAACAUAUUUACUUAUUUUAGUGAAAUGGGCCAAAAGAUGUUAUUACAUUUCUAUAGUCAUCAUGUUAUGUUGAAUAUUAAGCUUUUAGACCACCUAUUUAAAAAGGCUAUCGUUUGUUGCUUUCUGGGUAUAAAGACUGCAAAGAUGCAUCUUGGUGAGUGUAAUAAGUAGAAGUAGACAGACAGCAAGCACAGUUGUUCAUUAGAAUACAUGUUCAGUUUAGUCUCAGAUCAUGGUGCAAAAUGCAUGUAUAUAAUUAUCUGAGGGCUAAAUUGACUUAUGCGAUAUCACCAGCCUUCAAAUAUUGCUUUUGAAAACAUGCAGAAUCAACACAAUAAAUGGGAGUGCAGCUGAUUAUUGAAGCUGGUUGUUGUAGCACUUUCACAACUGGUCUGUCAUUUACAGAGUGUGCCAUUCAUCUUAAUGCAUUUGGGGUGUUUAAAGAAAUACACAUCACCUUUUUUUUAAGAAAAAGAAAAAAGAAAUUAAACAGAAUUGUUGCAAUAACGCUAUUCGGUGUAACUAAUUGACCAUUGCAUUUACACAAAAAUGCAAUAAUAAAAAGUGCCAUAAUGCUGUAUUUGCUGAGUUAUGCCAAAAAAAUGCUUCUUUUUGCUUAUUGUUAGUUUCACUCUUAUCUCUCCCCAAGGUACUGCAAACAUCGGAGACAAUGCACUACAUUGUUUACUUGUUCAUUGAAGAUGGGCAUGCUUUCUCUCGUGGACCGGUAGCUAAACAUUUGAAAUGACAUAUCCAUAGACAGACAAAUCAUGUUCUUUACCAGUAUUACAGCUAUUCGGUAUGGUAUGGUAUGGUAUGGUAUGUCAUGACAUAGCAAGAAAUAAAAUGAAUGCAAUAACACUGGCUGUUAGGGUUGUUAUAUUUUUUUUAUUUUUACAUUUCAUAAUUUAACAUUUUAUUAAAGUCUUCUCUCCCUCACUCACAAUGACAAGGGAAUAAGCAAAAAAGAAUCAUUAAAUGGUAAUGCUGAUUUAUUACUCCCUUCACAAAAUAAAAACCAUGGGAGUGGCAUAAUUCUUAACAGCAGCACUGCUUUUCAGCUGAUAAAUCAGUUCUGAAAUAAUGAACACUUAGGACCCUCUGGACAGCUUCUAUCACCAGUUGCUAUUUUCUAUCACUUCUUUAUUCUGUCGCUAUUAAAAUACUGUAUGUCAUAAAAUGUUUUAUCUGGUUAAUCAUCAAAUCUAACCUUGCAUGUUCAUUGUCACGUUUCCUCAAUCAAAAUAUCUCCUUUGUAUUAUUAUUCUUAUAUAAGCAAAUCUGUUUGAUGGUUACUAUGCAAAACAAAAGUAUAAGAGAAAAAGAGGAAAUAAAAUGC